GUAUCAUAUUACCUUUUCCACAAGGAAACCUCACACACACAUAGCUACACAUCGUUUCCUGUUAGGUUUUGAAGUGAGAGCUUUCAAAACUAAUAUCUUAUCUUACAAUUAACACAUGUACACGCACGUGGAGAACUGUGCUCCUUGCUGUCCACAAAUUAGGUAAGUUUGUAACAGUACAGUAUGUAAGAUAAACAAGAGGUCCGGAGGUUUGCUUCCUCUGGUAACAACAAAAGUAUUUUACGUUAUGAGAGACUUGUCAUUUUAGCCGAUGAAAUCAAGCUUUGAAAUCCUCAGGCAGAAAUUACUGCACGAGAGCUUAGAGAGACACGAAAUCUUUUCUUUUUCCUUAGCCAAUGUCCAAAUAAAUGUAUCAGGAUCUAAAUUUUUUAAGCCGUUCAGUCAAUGUGCGUGAUUAGUUUGGACCUCCACCAUCGCGAGGUCAAAUGCAAAGCAACAGGCGGAAAUGAAUUGGCACAUAUUUUAAUGUGGAGAAAUUUACAAGAAAAAUGGUAGCAAAGCCGUUUGCUUUCGCAGCCGCUAUCAUGGUGAAUGAGAAAGGACUCACUCAUGAUCAGUAUGCUUAAUUAAGUAUGUAUAACAGAUUGUUUCAGUAAAAAUAAAAUACAAACUGCGGAAACAAACAUUACGAAACAACGCAUGUUGCAAGAAACUAAGAUUUUAAAGCCUUGACGUUUCGUAUGUAACAACAUACAUCUUCAGAAGUGACGGUUAAAAAGGUAACAGUAAAAUUUUAACAUCUAGAAAAAAAGCCGGAAGCUAAUAAACAGGUGAAAGCAUUAACUGAUGACAAAAAAAUGAUGAUGACAGACUCAAUUUGAAGUCAGCAGGAAAUUAACAGAUUGUUCGAAAAAUUUUUACAAAGCGUGGAUUCAGACCGGUUUCGAAUUCCUCCGUGCGGAAACGAUCAGCUACAUUGUUUGAAACAGUAAAGAGAAACAGCAUGCACUGGGGCUUCAAGUGCAGAGUUGCACAACUCGGUCACGCCCCCCGGCCACCUCAGGCAUGCGGUAAAUAUGUUCCUCAAACGAUCUCGAAAAGAAGUGUAGUCACUGAACUGCAAAAGAAACCGUAUUUUUGCGUAUUCAAGUUCACGCGAACAGUCAAACAAAAGGUCUGGAGCGAGGCUGAAAACGGAAAGCUAAAGAAGAAACCGACUGUUUUGCCUUCUACAUGGUCACGUUCUAGUGUUUUUAUUUCCCAGUUUUAAAACUAACCUUUCAAGAAGAUUAAGUGAAAGCUGAAACAGCUUAUUUAAAAGUGGAUAAACUUUUCGGGAAAUUGAUGUCAUGUACCCAACUUGACAUGACUUGGCUUUCUCCUCAUUAUUGGAGUUCAGUAGCCUCUUUUUUAAUAAGAAUGGAAGGAUAGAUAAAGGAAUAAGGACUGAAUGAACAAUGAAACUGGGCUUAUUACCAAAGUAACUUAGUUGCCCUUUGAUGUAAUUUUGGUUCUUAAAAUUGCUUUCGCAAUACUGUAAUAGUAUGUACAUAUAUGGUCAUGCAAUUAAAGCUCGUUGUUGUUGUUGUGAUUAAACGAACGAGCCAAUCUAUGACCGACACUUAGAUCAAACGUCAGCGCUAACGGCCGUUAUAAAUCACACUGUAAGUAAUUCAUCGAUAUCUCCCCUCAUCACAAACGGCUCGAAAACCGAUAGUGAGUGGCAAGGCCAGAUUCUUUGAGUGGAUGGUCAUUUCGCCUUUCCCUGAUCUAGGCGGGAAGUCCCGCUAUCCGGAUAGCAGGCUCUUUGCUAAUCAUUCACGUGGUACAAAACCGCAAUGGUGGAGAACAAGUUUAAGAGACGCACUGAGACAAGACAAAAGAAGGUUUACAUCAGUUAAAAUGGUAGUCAUAUUUUCCCUUGCUUUUAUUUUCUUGUCCCACUGCGUCCCUUGUUCUCCUGCUUGGCGAUUUUGUGCCACGUGAAUGUCUAGCUGCCAAAAGCCUUAAUUAUUCAGGUGUCACAGCUAAAGUCUAACAAAAUGCAGUAAAGCAUUCCCAUUCUCUCGGAGCGUUGUUCUCGCCUACGUUUCUACAGACUGAAUAAACCAGAAGAUAGUGCUUCCAAGUUUGGAAUUUCGUUUAAGAAAAAGUUUUAUUUUUUAAGAAAUCCGUCUCUCUUUUAGGAACCCGUGAUGCUUUUUUUAAGUUAUGCGGCAUGACUUGUUGGCUUACAUUGACGACGGGCAGCGUCGUUCCGUUCAAAUUAUGCCCUGUCCUCGGUUUCUCUUCCUUGCUCUUUGGAAUAUUUCAUUGUCAUGCUUGCUGUUCUCGAAUAUCAAUGCAGGUAUGUCUUACAACUGAAGAAAAAGAAAAGGUUAAAACUUUAAGAUAGACAGACUUUAUAGGGGAGCAUGUCUUGUGCGAUGUACAUAUUACGUUAAUUAAUAAGCGUGAGGAUAUGGCAGGAUAUUGGCCAAUAAGUUGUUUGUUUAGUUUAUUUUAAUUUUAAUUUUUUUUUUCUUUUUUUGGACAGAGACUAAGCAGAAAACAACUAACCAUGAGGUCAAAAACAAAAACAAAAACAAAAACAGAGAAAGAAGAUAAAACAAGGCCACAAUUAUCAAGUCAACUUAACCAAAUUUUAAGAUAGGAAAGCAAAACGAGCUCAAAUUGCUUCAAAAAUGAUAGAGAACACAAACCACAGCAAAAGUAAUAUAUAUUUUUGUUUUCAUUUUUUUAGCAGACGCAUGCGCUCACAUACUGAGCUUGGUAUGCCUGUGGUAAAUUACAUUACUAAUAAACUUCCGAACGUAAGCUUAAGACCGCUUAUCAUAUUAUAUUUUUGUUUAAGGAGACGAGUGUUCUUUCGGCAACAACAACCUCUGCCAUUUAAACGCUUCGUGCAUCACCAAAGCGGGUUCAUUUCGCUGCGUGUGCAACUCAGGAUUCAGUGGUAACGGUUUUGACUGUAGCGAUAUAAAUGAAUGUUCCUUUGGUACACAUCUUUGUAGCAGUGCAGCAAACUGCCUCAAUACAGCCGGCUCGUACAGGUGCAGUUGUUCAGCGGGUUUUACAGGAAAUGAGAAGUCAUGUCAUGAUGUCGACGAGUGCGCAAGCCAAACUCACAACUGCCAUGAGCAUGCCUCGUGCAGAAACACCGCUGGUUCCUAUGAUUGCAAAUGCAAUCAGGGUUACUAUGGAAAUGGGCUCAACUGCACAGACAUCGACGAAUGUUCUUUGCAGAAUUACAGCUGUCACUCAAAUGGGAAUUGUAUGAAUUUUCCAGGAUCGUUUAACUGCACUUGCCAGAAUGGAUUCACAGGAAAUGGUUUUGACUGCAAUGAUAUCAACGAAUGUGUUCUGAAAGAGGAUCAUUGUGGAAAUCAGACAUAUUGUGUUAAUUUGUUUGGCUCUUUCUCUUGCACCCCAGUCUGUAAGCUGGGUUUUGCAGCUAAUUUAAGUGGAUGCGUGGACGUCAACGAAUGCGAGCUUAACAUACAUAACUGUGAUACGAAGUCUUCAUGCAUCAACCCGGACGGUUCUUAUCACUGUAAUUGUCUGCCAGGAUACACUGGAGAUGGUUUCAGUUGCUCUGAUAUUAAUGAAUGCACCUCUAACGCUCACCCUUGCAGCAAAAAUCGAACAUGCCGCAACACACCUGGGUCGUACGAAUGUGUUUGCGAUGAAAAACUUGGCAACUGUGUUCCAAUCAAUGGCUGCUCUCCGGAGUGUCAUCCAAAUGCCAUUUGCACUAAGGUCAAUGGUUCUUUUAUCUGCCAGUGUAUACCUGGAUUCGCUGGUGAUGGACAACUCUGCACAGGUAGU